AUGGCUGAAGUGCUUCUUCCUUGGCUUAACGGCCGACUAGACCUUCGCCAGGCGUACACGUUCACCCUGAACGACAUUGUGGAUACACCACGAGAUAUCGUGCAGCAUCCAGUCUCGUACGGUGGUCCCCCCCCAGCCCCGGAAUGUCGACAUGCUCAUCUCGAUUCAUGGGCAUAUCACUCGCCUGCGUCCGUACCUAUCCCAGAAGGCUGGACCAACGACCCAUACGACCCUGAGCUCUAUUUCGCCUACAGCAGCUCGGAAGCCUAUCAGUCGCGAUGCUUCGGCAUUCCAGGCGCUCGAUUUGUUCUGCUAGAUACCGAGGACACCUCGUAUAUCAUCGCCUCGGGCGGGAGAUACUACUGCGGCAAUUUCUUGUUGGAGGAUCGGCUGUUUGAGAUAACCAGGCCUACGACUUUGCCGGGAAUAUUGGAAGCAAUUGCAAGCAAGGGCUUGAGGGGCUUGCGCAUGAAGACACUGGAACUGGUAGACAUUGAUGAAGAACCUCCCGAUGAGGUGCCACCAGAGCACGAAAAAAACCGGGUCCUAGUUGUCCCCGCGAGUGACAUUCCGGAAUCGAAUCAGACAACUUAG